AUGACAGACUUUUGUCAAACGCUACACAAGAAAUACUGCAUGAAUGAGACAUCAUUCACCGAGUCAGAUUACUACCAGACCGUGGAGGAAAUGCUAUUCUACUGUCGCGACGUCGACCGUUUACGCCUCAACCUCCCCUUUCAGCUUGUCGGUCGCCAUUGCAACGCCGCCACGAUGAUAUUGGCCAACACGCUCAAGGCGUUCGCACAGCGACCAGAAGAAGACUCGGCAAAGCUAAACACACUCGUCAUAGAAAACGUAACCGAUGUUGCGAUACGCCACCUAUGGAUGAACCCGAUCGACGUGAUGAAUAUUAUGAGAGUGCUGGAGGUGCUGGAACACCUUGUUUUGACACUCAGGAGGCACGAAAACGAACCCACCACUGUUGGGCUAUUUGGAUCUUGCCUUUGGAAUAUUGUCGAGAAUGCAGGGGAUCUAAAGAGCCUCUGCUUGAUUGGCAUGGAUCAUGACGAUCGCCCACCCCGAGGAUUGAAGCAGACAAAAUCCUGGCAGAUGCCAGUCGAAGAGUGGCGUGCAAAGUCGCUACCUGCCCCGAAUGUCAUACACUCCAACUUGACAUGCCUCGAGCUGAAGCGAAUUGAACUGUGCCCCGAAGUGUUCGUUCGCACUGCGGAGAAUUUCGGACCUACACUGCAAGAACUUUAUCUGAAUGAAGUCUAUCUCAAGGUUGAGCAGUCAAGAGACUGGAACGAAGAUUCUAAGAAGAUCCUUUGGGUCGGAAUGCACAACCAGCGCCCCGGAGAUGAUUGUCACUGGAUUGCCAUGGCACUGAGAUGCGCUACGCCUCACCUGAGAAUAUGCCGAGCAGCUUUCCUGGCAUACGACCAUUACAUAGCUGAAGACAUGCCCAGCCAGCCAGAAUUUGAUUUGGUGGACCCUUGUGGUCUUGGUCGAAGUAUCUCUCAACGCUUUGUUGAAGUGGUCAUGGGAAUUCGCCAACCUACGGCACUUGCGAGAGAUAUAGUCGAAUAUCUACCUGCAGACCCCCAAUUCGACAACCUCUUGAACAACCUUCACUCAAGAAACCGCGCUUUGAGCGUAGUAGAGUACGAUACUAACGCAUACCAGACAGCCGUCGCUAACUCAACAUCGGAGUGGCAACGGAGUAUCGAUGGCGUCUUUCCCAAUUGCAACUCCAACACUCUUGACGAGCUGCACUACAUUGCUGAGACCGCAUGUCAGGGCAUGAACGAAAUACACCGGCGUCGUAAUGAAUGGUCUGCCGAAAACAGUAUGGCAAAUGAGUUCACGGAAAACUUGUUCAGUAUCUCUGCCUCUGAAGACGAACACAGUUGA